AUGAAGCUCCUGUCCCCUCCAGUUCAGGCUAGGUCCUCCUCCUACAAUGGAGAGUAUGGAGGCGGUGGAGGCCAGCGAUUCUCCCAUUCUGGUUACCAGCUGGAGGGCCCCAUCACCGCCAUCCGCAUCCGCCAGGACAACACCUGCAUCGUAGGGCUCCAGGUGCGCUAUGGCAAGAUGUGGAGUGACUAUGUGGGUGGCACCGAGGGGGACCUGGAGGAGAUUUUCCUGCACCCUGGGGAGGUAGUGAUCCAGGUGUCUGGCAAGUACGACAGCUACGUGAGGCAGCUGGUCUUUGUGACUGACAAAGGCCGGAAGAUGUCUUUUGGCACAGACAUAGGCACGAGUUUCACCGCUAUCCCCUUGUACCCCAAGACUGGGCUACGAUUCAUCAGCGGUCGUGCUGGCUCCCUCAUCGAUGCCAUUGGCCUGCACUGGGAUGUGUGCCUCAAGAACUGAAUCAGUUGUUGUACCGAUGCCUUGUCCUGGGUGAGCACUGCAGCCGGGGUUUAGGAGCACCAUGACACUAACCCCAUCCUUGUGGCUCAAUAAAAAAUAAAUAAAAGGAUACAGCUGA